GAGUGUGGGAAAAGCUUCAAUCGAGGCUUAGACCUUAUCACACAUAGGACAAUCCAUGUGGGUGAGAAACCUUAUGGAUGCUCUGAGUGUGGGAAAUGUUUCAUUCAUCGUUCAGGCCUCAUCUUACAUCAGAGAAUCCAUACAGGGGAGACGCCCUACACAUGCGCUGAGUGUGGGAAAAGCUUCCGUUGCAGCUCACACCUUUUCCGACAUCAGAGAAUCCACACAGGGGAGAAGCCCUACACAUGCACUGAGUGCGGGAAAAGCUUCAAUCGGAGCUCCAACCUUAUCACACAUCGUAGAAUCCACACAGGGGAGACACCAUACAUGUGCUCUGAGUGCGGGAAAAGCUUCAGUCGGCGCUCACACCUUUUCAGACAUGAGAGAAUCCACACAGGAGAGAUGCCCUACACGUGCUCUGAGUGCGGAAAAAGCUUCAAUCAGAGCUCUGCCCUGAUCACACAUCGUAGGAUCCACACAGGAGAGAUGCCCUACACAUGUUCUGAGUGCGGGAAAAGCGUCAGUCACAUCUCUGCCCUCAUCAUACAUCAGAGAAUCCACACCGGGGAGAAGCCCUACGCAUGCACUGUGUGUGGGAAAAGAUUUAGUCGGAACUCACACCUUAUCAGACAUCAGAGAAUCCACACUGGGGAGAAGCCCUACACGUGCACAGAGUGUGGGAAAAGCUUCAGUCAGAGAUCCAGCCUUAUCACACAUUGUAGAAUCCACACAGGAGAGACACCCUACAUGUGCACAGAGUGUGGGAAAAGCUUCAGUCAUUGCUCUGCUCUUACCACACAUUGUAGAAGCCACACAGGAGAAAGGCCCUACACAUGCUCUGAGUGUGGGAAAAGCUUCAAUCAGAGCUCACACCUUAUCACGCAUGGGAGAAUCCACUGUGGUGAGAAACCUUAUGGAUGCUCUGAGUGUGGGAAAUGUUUCAUUCAUCGUUCAGACCUCAUCUUACAUCAGAGAAUCCACACAGGGGAGAUGCCCAAUACAUGCCCUGAGUGCGGGAAAAACUUCACUUGCAGCUCACAGCUUUUCAGACAUCAGAGAAUCCACACUGAGGAGAAGCCGUACAAAUGCACUGAGUGUGGGAAAAGCUUUAGUCGGAACUCACACCUUAUCAGACAUCAAAGAAUCCAUACUGGGGAGAAGCCUUACACAUGCACUGAGUGUGGGAAAAGCUUCAAUCAGAGCUCCAACCUUAUCACACAUCAGAGAAUCCACACCGGGGAGAAGCCCUACACAUGCACUGUGUGUGGGAAAAGAUUUAGUCGGAACUCACACCUUAUCAGGCAUCAGAGAAUCCACACUGGGGAGAAGCCCUACACGUGCACUGUGUGUGGGAAAAGGUUUAGUCGAAACUCACACCUUAUCAGACAUCAGAGAAUCCACACUGGGGAGAAGCCCUACACAUGCACAGAGUGUGGGAAAAGCUUCAAUCGGAGCUCCAGCCUUAUCAUGCAUUAUACAGUCCACACAGGGGAGACACCGUACACAUGCUCUGAGUGCGGGAAAAGCUUCAAUCAGAGCUCUGCCCUGAUCACACAUCAUAGAAUCCACACAGGAGAGAUGCCCUACACAUGUUCUGAGUGCGGGAAAAGUGUCAGUCACAUCUCUGCCCUCAUCACACAUCAGAGAAUCCACACUGGGGAGAAGCCCUACGCAUGCACUGUGUGUGGGAAAAGGUUUAGUCGGAACUCACACCUUAUCAGGCAUCAGAGAAUCCACACUGGGGAGAAGCCCUACACGUGCACAGAGUGUGGGAAAAGCUUCAAUCAGAGCUCCAACCUUAUCACACAUCAGCGAACCCACAAUGGGCGACACCAUACACGUGCUCUGAGUGUGGGAAAAGCUUCAAGCACAGCUCAAACAUCGUCUCACAUGGGAGAGUAACCCAACACAUGCACUGAGUGCAGGAAAACCUUCAGUCAGUGCUCAGGCCUUAUUAGACAUCAGAAAAUCCACAUGAGAAUUGUAAUAAAUCCCUUGACUAGGGCUGGCCAAGAAAUUUUUUUAAAAAAUCACAUAUGCUAAUUCCCACAUAGUGAUUUUUGCACCAUCUUCACCAUGGUCUCUCAGCUCUGCCAGAUAAGUUGCCUGCUUCUACCUUUUUCAGCUCACCCUUCUUUGGGGUCAGUCUUAUGAUCUCUUCUAUCAAGUCCUUUCCUUUUGAGGCAUAGGAGUGUGUGUCCCUCUAGCCAGGAAUAUUCAUCACCUCCAGGUGGAGGAGAGAGAGAUUUGAUCCCAACAAGGUGCACUGAGGCAAAAACUACCUGUGCCUUACAUCCACUAGGACUGUACAUGGCGUUGGCUGCUCAAGUUAGUGAUCUUGGUGUAAAAAGUUGUGCAGAUGCAGCCCAGGUGCAGUGGUUGGCAUUAGCUUUCCUCUUGUCUUGACCUAAACUCCAUCACUUCCUAGUCUAAACAAACCCUGAGCAUCAUGGUUAUACUGUUCCCCCAUUUCAAAGCAAUUGUUAGUCAUCGAGUUCUCCCUUGGGGAACAAAUUGUUUCAUUCCCAGUUGCUCUGAUGUUGCUUCAGAUUGUGCUGGGGAGCAGAUAUUUUUGCUGCUAUUUUCCUCACUUAAAAUAUAUUGAACUAUAAGAAAGAGCAGGAACAGGGCAGGGAUAGGGAAAAACAUCAUUUCACCCACUGUAACAACAGACAUAGUUAGGGUAAGUCAGAGGGAUUCCCUUAUUCCUCAUCACCAUCCCAACCCCUUGUUGUUCAAUUGGUUAGGUCAAUAUCUUCUCUAAAAGGUUGGGAAGAGGAUUCCCUAGUAAAUGACUUGUAACUCAGCAAAAUACCCAUGCAUUGGGCUCCCAAAGCAGUUGUGGCCCAGGCCCUGCAGGAGGUCGCUCUGAAGAUAUCUCCUUCCUAAUCAGAUGCAUGUUGCCUAUUUGGGAAAUGCAAUCCCUAUCUAGGUAGAGGUGGAGGGAAAGUGGAUGUGAUGUUUCUGUUCAGCUCACCCUAGGAGAUGCUGCAAGUGUGUAGAAAAUGGAAUCUGUGACUGUGAUAUAGCUGCAGAAAGAUACCUAUUUUUAAUAGAUACCUGACAUUUGUUGUCUAGCAGGGAUUCUAAACCAUAUCUGAAUUUAGUCCGUAAUUUAAAUCUGUAGUACCAGAUUAAAGAAAUCAAAGGGCAUAUUUGGGGGAGUUAUACUUCGCUGUUGCUGCUGCUGUGUUGUGUGCUUGGUGAAGAAUUCUACGCCAGAGACUUGGAGUAAUUUUAUACUUAAGGUCAAAGAUUUGAUAAGGACUCAAGUAGAAAUUGCAGGUACUUAGUGGUUGAUUUUCACCCCAGAUAUGGAAGCUAUGGUGACCUGUGGCUCAGGUAAACUAUUUUUUGAACCCUGCUUCCUAGUUAAGUGGCAUUGAUCACACUCCUAAAAGACACCAUGAUGAAAUUGGGAACAACUGUAUUUUACCAUUUGGCUCCAAAGUUAGAUAAAGCAUAGAGAGAAGCAACUGAUUCCUUCAGAGCCAUCCCAUGCUUAUGGGUCCCAAUCUGGCUGCCUUGUUGGACAAGAAGCACUUCCAUGCUGGACAAAUGAUGGUAGCCAAUGGGGGAUGUUAGAAGAAGGAGCAGGCUGACCCAGAGGCGGAUUUGAGUGGAUGGGCUUCUUUAUUGCAGUACUUGUUCCCCUGGACCCAGUUGUCCAGUAAGCACUGAAUUAGUUCAGCACACUUUUUUUAGGUUAGUAUGUACAUGCCUACAUUCAUUACAACACCCCAAAAAUCCUUAUUAAGUAAUAGAAACACUCACUGUUAGUAAAUCCACCUCUAUCUAUUGCUCAUAGCAUUACACAUGCUUUUACCUUGAAAAUACAUUUUUUUGCAACAUUUUGUUGCCAUAAUUCUUUCUCUUCAGCAAUUUCCAGGUGAGAGAAGGGGCUGUGAACAGUUCUCGAGGGAUGCAGGGGAAGGAGCUCAGCCCAGGCUGGUUCAUGUAGCUGGGAAAGGGAGGGAGGGGAAGAUAACAUUCCUUUUACUUUCUUCUACACAAAGGGCAUUUUUCUGCAGCUGCAUCUUUAGGAGCAACAGAGAAGGGAAGUGUUAUAAACAGAUAAGUAAGAGUUAAUAGAACAGAAGUACUUCAUAUCUCUUUUGCC